AUGCUGGAACCUUUGCUUCGCAGCUUCAAAGCCAAACUGCCAGGAUAUUGCAUGAGCCAACACCUGUCUCUGAAAUACCUAGCGUAUGCUGAUGACACCCUCAUCUUUUUGAACACACCUGCAGACCUAGAGCAAAGCAAGGAUCUGUACCACAGAUACUCCAUCGUCUCCAAUGCCAAACUCAAUGACCACAAGACGCAAGGUGUUAUGCUGGCAGGCAAGUGUGACCCCUGGAAACUCAAAUACCCAGAGUACCAAUGCCAGACUCUUCCCGCCCACCCAUCACCUAAAACCACUAAACCAAAUUCUUAGAAAAUUCCUCUGGAACGAAAGACACCCAAGCAUAUCUUGGAAGAUCCUUUGUGAGCCAAAACAAAGAGGAGGCCUCGGAAUUAUACCGAUUGAUUAUCAAG